CAGAACCGCGACGUAAUACUGGAGCCGAAAACAGCAAUGGCGGAGAAGCGCGGCUCUGUCCGCGAGGACCCCGGCGGGAGUGAUCAGCAAGGAAAUGGAGCGGCCGCUCCGCGCGGGGAGCGCGCGUCCGCAGUCACACAGUGUGUCUGUGAACUUCUCAAUUGUCUAUCAGCGUUUAGUGCUGAGUUGAAUUUAGGUGCAGAUGUUCUUAAAAUCAGUACCAAUCCUGAUCUUGUUGAUGUAUCAUCAAUUGAGGCAGAAAGUCUCUUUGGCUGUGUGCAAAAACACAUUUCUCAACUAGAGGCUGUGUCUGCAAGCCUGAGGCAGCUGAGCAAGCCAGAUACCAUGGUGUCUUUGGGAGGUGAUGUCACACCGGCCAAAGGGCAGGCCAGUGAGGGCACUGUGAAUACAGAGACAGUCUCAGUGCGCUGCCCGUUGACAGAGAGGAACAUCCCUGACCCAGAAGCCAAGUCUAAGGCAGAUGAACUCAAUGUGCAGAUUAGAGCAAGCAAGUCGGAGAUUGAUAGAAGAAUAUCUGCAUUUAUCGAGCGCAAACAGCUGGAGAUCAAUGAAAACAACGUGCGGGAGUUUUGUAACGUGAUCGACUGUAAUCAGGAAAACAGCUGUGCCAGAACCGAUGCAGUCUUCACACCUUUCCCUGGCUUUAAGAGCCAUGUCAAAGUGACACGCGUGGUGAACACCUACGGCCCCCAGACUCGAUCGGGAGCCAGCGGAGAGAUGAAGGACCAGAAACGGGGUGUAGCCCCCAGGGACUGUGGGAACCCGGCUGUUGAGGAGAGACUGCACAAUAUUGAGUUGCAUCUAAAGCUGCCUGCAGAGGGCCCUGUGCCUUUGAGUAUCUACCAAAGGCUGAAGCGUCUGGAGGACCGCAUCCUGGAGCUGGAAGGCCUUUCUCCAGAAUACUUCCAGGCCAUGACAUAUCUGCAUAAGCGACCAAAGAUGGCUAACUCACAGGAAUACAGCUUGAGCGAACUUGAUGGGAAGAUUAGUGCACUGAAAGCAACAUUGCUGAAGAAGGUUGGCCAGCUUCGACCGAGAAACACAGAAGAUUUCACCUUGCAAUAGUACCAGUACUGCUACUCCAGCCCUUCACAACACCCUGUCAAGUAUGAGGAAGGGGAAUCCGGCCCCUGGUUAGUAUGUUAAGAUCUAACUCUUCCCACCAGCCUGUAUUUGAUUUAGGUUCACCCCAGUGGAUAAUCUUGCAAACUGAUUGAUUAUUAUUUAAAGACUAAUUUCUAAAUUUAGUAUCAUGUUUGCAUAUUUGAAACAUUGUACAAUGCAUGUAAAUACAGUGUAAAUAUUUUUUUGUUUUACUGAUGUUUUUUUCCAUUGGAAUUUCUAAUUAAAUUCCUUUA